UCCUCCUCCUCAGACGCCCCCCUCAAACUGCGAUUGUUCCCGAUACGCGCAAAGAAGAAGCUCGUUCCGAGCUGGACUAAGUAAAGCCCUGUAUCGGUUCAUAGCAUCUCGGAUGGUAGAUUUCGUUCAGACUGAGUGAAACACUGAUAAGAUUUAAAACGCUUAAAAUCUGAACUGAGCGACGGGCAUCGUGACAUCGGCAUCUGGGGAGCAGAGAUCUACAAGAGAGGGAGUUCUUCCAUGCAGUCGUGGCUGGGAUAAAAUGGAUGACAGGAAUGACGGCGUACGAGUUGGAGAGAACAAAUUCAUCAGCAAGAGCAGCAUUCUCUCUUAUUUAAAGACCUACAAUCUCUACUAUGAGGGAAAGAACCUGCAGCUGCGACACAGAGAGGAAGAGGAGGAGCUGAUCAUAGAAGGACUUCUCAAUAUCUCAUGGGGUUUGCGUCGACCAAUCAGGCUUCAGAUGCAGGAUGACCACGAGCGAAUCAAACCUCCUCCCUCAUCUACCUCCUGGCACUCAGGGUGUAACCUAGACAACCAGAGUCAGGACGGUCAGACACAGACUCCUCAAUCUCCCCCUCAGAUGGAAGUGACUCCCCCAGAGGACCAAUCAAGCAACGGCACAACACAACACCAUGAAGAAGACGAAGAAGAAGAUGUGUGCGACGUCUCCUCUCAGCUUCUUAGAACCAAAAGCGAUGCCGGUGUACUGAGACGGGGCAGGAAACGGUCUCCUAGUGACCAGCGGCGAAUCAGAAGGCACAGAUUUUCCAUCAACGGUCACUUCUACAACCACAAGACGGCCGUGUUCACACCUGCUUAUGGUUCCGUAACUAACGUACGGAUCAACAGCUGUAUGACCACACCACAGGUGCUGCGGGUGUUACUUAACAAGUUUAAGAUUGAGAACAGCCCAGAUGAUUUCGCCCUCUACCUCGUUCAUACCAGUGGAGAGCGUGUUCAGUUGAAGCGUACAGACUACCCAUUAGUAGUGAGAAUACUUCAGGGACCAUGUGAGCACGUGUGCAAGAUCUUUCUCAUGGAGCAGGAUCUGGGAGAGGAGAUUCCCUAUGAAGUGGCGCAGUACAUAAAGUUUGAGAUGCCUGUUCUGCAGAGCUUUAUUACCAAACUGAAGGAAGAGGAGGACAGGGAGGUGCAGAAGCUGAGAAGCAGAUACAAGUAUCUGCGGUGUAUCAUUGAGAAACAGCUCCAGUGUUUACCAGAGGGUUCCACCUGUAUGUGACGAGCAGCUCUCAACCUUCUCUCAGAGCUUCAUAUCAAUCAAUGGACUUCCAGACAGAAUUUCAUCAGCCCCUUCCGCCCUGAAUGAUUGUUAAUCUAAACCACUAAAUAUGCAUUGAUAUUUGCUGACCAGUGAAGAUGGAUGGUACAUCUUGUAAUAUAAAAAUUCUUUUUAUAUUUUUUUCCUCUGCAUUAUUUGGUGCUGCAGUGAAUCACACCCAGGUACAAUAAUAUAAAAGCACAUUCCACUAAACCAGGGAAUUUAUAUUAUAAUGACAAGCACAAAGUAACAAAGAUAAAUUCUUACAAGUUUAGUAUUAUUUGUUUGGUUAAACCCAUUAUAAAGGGUCAUGACUGACUGAUCACUUUACAUGUUGUAUGUAAUGAGAAUACAUGCGGUCUGAGCCAACCUGUUGUACCACUACAGUCUGAAGUGUGAGCUCAUUACAAAACUCCAUUUGACCAACGUCUCUAUUAGACAGUGAUUAAAAAAUCUUUUUGUAUCAGAAUGGUAAGAGGUGUAUCCCAUACUGAAGUAAAAGACUGUGAAUUUAAAGGAUGACUGAGAACAGAAUGAAGAAGCACAAGGGAAUGUAGCGUCUGAACAUCUGAAUGAUGUUUGAGUGAGUGAGUUAGUAUGCAUGUUUGGAUACCUCAGGUGAAUGUGAUUUCACCAAGUACAACAUGUUCCUGGAUCAACGUCAGUGAGGUGCUUCUACAUCACUGUUAUUCACCUAUCAUUUCACUCUGAUAAGUUUAGGACUAUGUUUUCAAACAGGAAUGUUGUUCUGGGAACAUGUCUUACUUGGCAAAAUCACAGUGACUGGGUACCUGAAGAGGACAGCCUGGCUGUAGUUGCUAAGAAAAGGUUCAUAUUUUUCUUUUACAUUUAGACUCUCAUUAACCUGUUGUAUGACUUUCCUAUGUGUUGUCAUACUGCUGACCUUUCAUCUGGCAUGUGUUUAGUCUGUAUUUUAAUGAUACUGAUUGUAAAACUAAGAAUAUGGUGAUAAUUAUAUUUAAAUAAAAUGUUAUCAUCAGAAAAUUAAAAACUUCCACAACCAAAUGCA